CGCGAGUCAAAAAUUGGCGCCGUUGCCGGGGAAUUGAUUUUACUUGUUUAAUUUUCUUUUAUGACCAGAUCUGAACACAGGGACACACUGCCAUUUGAUCCAGAAAUUGAACGCACUCUCAGAAGACUUAGAAAGCAAGCCACAGAAGCUUCAUCUGAAGCAACAGAAUUUUGCCAACAAGCCGCACCAAUGGCUGAACCUAAUCUACAACUUGUUGCCAAUAAUGAACAUGCUGUCCAUGACCAAAUAAUUCAAGAAAAUCCAGCAAUUAGGCCCCAAGAACAAAGAGAAAGAACCAUGAGAGAAUUGGCAACUCCUGUAGGUGACUAUGCACCACUUUGCAUCGCCUAUCCGCCUCUGACAGUUCCCUUUGAACUGAAAUCAGAAAAUAGUGUAAAAAGACAAUUUGGAGAAAAACCCCCUAAAACUGCCUUAUUGGAGCAAAGAAUGAGGAAAAUAUUUUGAAGCUGAAAUAUUGACGCAAAUGGGCCUCGCACAUAUGGAUCACUCGCCCAAAUGGCCAAGGCAUAUGGACCAAGCAGCGGACAGCACAUGGCCGCAAGUCCACCAUUCCCUCCAGUGGACCGGUCCACGCACAAUCAAGCCCAGCGCUCAUCUC